CCAUUGCUCUCCCCGCCAGCCCGGCCAGGCGUUGGCCACGCCCCUCGCGGUCCAUUCGCUCACAGGUUCCGCUGGGCGCCUCUCCUAUACGCUCAUUCCUUAGGCCCGCCCAGGCCGAAGCGCUGCUGCCCGAGCCAGGGAUCCGAGACGUGGCUCCGGGCGGAAGAACCAUGUUGGACUUCGCAAUCUUCGCCGUUACCUUUUUGCUGGCGUUGGUGGGAGCGGUGCUCUACCUCUACCCGGCUUCUCGACAAGCUUCAGGAAUUCCGGGGAUUACUCCAACUGAAGAAAAAGAUGGUAAUCUUCCAGAUAUUGUGAACAGUGGAAGUUUGCAUGAGUUCUUGGUUAAUUUGCAUGAGAGAUAUGGGCCUGUGGUCUCUUUCUGGUUUGGCAGACGCCUUGUGGUUAGUUUGGGCACUGUUGAUGUACUGAAGCAACAUAUUAACCCCAAUAAGACAUCUGACCCUUUUGAAACCAUGCUAAAGUCAUUACUAAGAUAUCAAUCUGGUGGUGGGAUUGUGAGUGAAAACCACACAAGGAAAAAAUUGUAUGAAAAUGGUGUGACUAAUUCUCUGCAGAGUAAUUUUGCUCUUCUGCUAAAGAUCAGCCCUUUGACAGAAUCUGAACUUGAACCAUUGAGGCUUUCAGAAGAAUUAUUAGAUAAAUGGCUCUCCUACCCAGAGUCCCAGCAUAUACCCCUUUGCCAGCAUAUGCUUGGUUUUGCUAUGAAGUCUGUCACACAGAUGGUCAUGGGUAGUGCAUUUGAAGAUGACCAGGAAGUCAUUCGCUUCCAGAAGAAUCAUGGUACAGUUUGGUCUGAGAUUGGGAAAGGCUUUCUAGAUGGAUCACUUGAUAAAAGUACAACUCGGAAAAGACAAUAUGAAGAUGCCCUUAUGCAACUGGAAUCUAUUUUAAAGAAAAUCAUAAAGGAACGAAAAGGAAGGAACUUCAGUCAAUCUAUUUUUAUUGACUCCUUAGUACAGGGGAACCUCAAUGACCAACAGAUCCUAGAAGACAGCAUGAUAUUUUCUCUGGCCAGUUGUAUAAUAACUGCAAAAUUGUGCACCUGGGCAAUCUGUUUUUUAACCACCUCUGAAGAAGUGCAGAAAAAACUGUAUCAAGAGACUAGAACCAAAGUUUUUGGGAAGGGUCCUGUUACUACAGAGAAAAUUGAGCAGCUCAGAUAUUGUCGGCAGGUGCUUUGUGAAACUGUUCGAACUGCCAAACUGACACCAGUUUCUGCCCGGCUUCAAGAUAUUGAAGGAAAGAUUGACAAAUUUAUUAUUCCUAGAGAGACCCUUGUCCUUUAUGCUCUUGGUGUGGUACUUCAGGAUCCCAGUACUUGGCCAUCGCCAUACAAGUUUGAUCCAGACCGGUUUGAUGAUGAAUCAAUAAUGAAAUCUUUCUCCUUGCUUGGAUUCUCAGGCACGCAGGAAUGCCCAGAGUUGAGGUUUGCGUAUAUGGUGACCACAGUACUUCUGAGUGUAUUGGUGAGGAGGCUACACCUGUUUUCUGUACCGGGACAAGUUAUUGAAACUAAAUAUGAACUGGUAACAUCAUCCAAGGAAGAAGCUUGGAUCACUGUUUCAAAGAGAUAUUAAUAAUUUAUACAUUUAAUUUUGUUGAAAAUGACCACUUAGAAAAUUUGCAUUGAGUCCUUUUUAUAAACCAAAUAUUGUGCAAUAAGCACCUACUAAGUAUUUUAAGUAAGUUGCAUUUUUGUAUAUCAGAUUUUCUUGAUGCAUGAUACACAUUUAUAAUUACUGCAUCAAAAUAGUGAUAGUGGGAAGCUUUCUACUUGUUUGUCUUAUCACUUUCUAUACCAUUAUUUUUGUAUUCUUUAUCUUGGUUUUCUUUCUCGCUAAGGUUAAUAUUCCUGAAGAGAGAAAUUAUUUUGCAUAAUUUUGGGGAAUCAUGUUUUCUGAAUAAUCAUAAAAGAGAAACGUAAUCCUACUCCUUUUCAUACUUCCAAAAUCACCUUAAAGGGAAAAUAAAGGACUUUCCAUAAUUUUAUUUCUCGGAUUAAUAUUUUUAUUUUCUGAGUAUAAGUUAGUUUGUGUUAAACAUUGUUAUUAGGUUUGAGUAAUUCAUUGGGUAACCUGUCUUGUAUUUGCUAAUUUUAUGCCUCCCUGGACAAUAGUGUUCAUUUUAUGACUUAUAUAAGGCUCAUCAUUUUGAAAUAUUCUGAUCAUUUUGAAAAUAAUACAGUUGUUUUUGAAUGUGUUUUGAAGUGCUUCUCCUAAGUGACAAACUAAGGUUGAGGCUUGUCUGUCCUUCUGUUUUGCUGGCAAUCUUAUUGGCACUAAAUUAUUCCACUAAUUCUUAGUUGCGGAAAAAACAGAAUUCCUAAAUUUAUUCAUUAUUAUGUCAUAUACUUAAGAUAAUGAAUUCAUGAUUAAGAAGUGAGAGAGCACUAACGAAAAUCAAAUUGAAAAGAAAACAAAGAUGGGUGAAAACAAUUGCCAAAUAUAUGACAGAAAGAGAUAAUGAAAUAUUACUUAUAAAGAGGUCAUACAAAUUGCUAAGAAAACAUACAAUUGAUAAAUGAACAAAAGACAUGAAUAAACAACUUUUACAGGAGGAAAUAGCUAUUAAACUUUUAGAAAAAUAGUCUCACUAGUAAGCAAAGAAGUAUUGGGACUAUUUCAAAAAUAUUUUAAUUAUCUUUUAAAAUUUACACUUUCAGUACUGAUAAGUUUUAUAUUUAGCACUUUUUUAUUGAUAGCAUUGUAUUUUAGCCCCCUAUUUUUGGUUACACAGUUCUUAAAGAAUUCUUUUUUAAAAUACAUUUUUAAAGAAAACAACUGAAGGAAAUAUGCCACGUGCAGAUAGAGAGGAAAGGAAGAAAAAUGAUAAAUGUUUGCAAAUGAGCUUAUUUUUGACAUUGCUGAAUUUCACUUGUAAAUUUAGUGUCAAGAAUGCACCCUAGUUAUUGAGUUAUUUUAUGCUGUGUUUAUGGUUAAAUAGUUACCAUUUUAGACCUAGUUAUGAGUGGUUAACAAUAGAAUUUAAUUAGAUGCAGCCUUUAUUUCUGACAAAAAUAUUUAACUUACGGAUAAUUUAAAUUCUAAAACUUUAAGUCAAAUGUAUUCUUAGUUUCUAGCAUCAUGUUGUUUCUAGAAGGGUAUAUUUCAAAAUAAAUUGGUAAAUUUAUUCCCACCCACCUAUCAUUUUCUAUGUGUUUGUGUGCUACAUCUUUCUUUGUUAUCCAAGUAUGUUAUUGGUUUGGAAACUAGCAGUGGUAGGUAAUAGUAGGCAAUUUAUAUGUAAACCAAGUGUCGGUAAAAUCAGAUGAGAUAAGUGGAAUUUUAAAGUAAGUGAGACUUGAUCAGCAGUGAUCAAGGCAAAAACAGCAGCUGAGCCAGAGUAAGGGAGUUGGCACAUUGCCAAUAAAUGAGGCACUGUAAUUACUAAUGACUGGAAUCAAGGAAAAUAGAGGAUAGAAAAAUCAGCUAAUAAAUAAGCACAUUUUAUCCAGUUACAUGACUAUCAAAAUAUUUUUUAAAAUCAUCCUCAAGAGGAUUUUAAAAAAUAUAUUUUUAAAUAUAUAUAUUUAUAAAUAUUUAAAUAUAUAAAUAUAUAUAAAAUAAGUGAAUGGUCACUAUUCUUACUUGGACCUUUGUAUUUAUCAAAUGACGGAAAGUUCAGUAGCCUCAGUGUCACUGAUGUCUCGUAGCAUGACCCUAACAGGACUCUUAAGUUUUGUAGCAUUUUCUACAACUGGAACAUUAGUAUUCUUCUCACUUAGAAUGUAAGCACAGAUUUUUGGCAUUCUUACUUUUAUUUUUUUUCCUCUUCCGAUAUUCUUGUUAUGCUUUUCAACUUUAAAAAUGUCUUUACUUCUCCAUCCAGUCUAUUAAAACAGUUAUAUUUUUGUACAUCUAAGUUAGUAAAGUCAUAGGACAACAUACUAGGUGUUACAAUGAGCAUUUAAGAAGUAAAUUAUUCCAGUAUUCUAAGAAAACUCUCCAGUAUAAUUAAGUCCAAAUUGAAAUGGCAUUUCAACUUUAAGAGGAAAUCUUAAAAAUCUUUGUUGUUGUUUUCAGACUCUGGGGCAAACAGAUUAAGAUUCUUCCCUGAAGACAUCUUAAUUUUUUUCCUCCGGAUCCCUAAAAAGCACUGUUAACUUACAUAAUGUACUUUUUUUCACAUGUAAUUUUGUUGACAGAUUCAAAAACUUAAAAAAACGCAAUUCUACGAAGUGUGUAAAACUGAGGGCAUGACCAGUAGCAUUAAGGACUUGCUUAGUAGCUGUGAGAAGAUAGCUGGGAGAGAAAUGGACACUAUUUUCAGGGCAGGUUUUUAUAAUGUCAACAAAUUGAUACCAGUGACCUUAUUUUUCUUCUUAGUCAGUCCUGUGCCUGUUUCCAAAGUUACUAAGACCGAUGAUUAAGGUAGAAGGGGAGGAUUUGGGUUGGGAGGGGACCGGGUGUAUGACAACAAAGCAGUUACUGUUACUGCAGAAGUCAGAGGAAAUCAGCACAGCCAAAAAGCCUUAAUAGAAUGUUGCUUUGGACCUUUGUGAGUGACCUGCACAGAUAAAAAGGAGUGAGGCUGAAUCUUGCAAGUACUAGUUAAGCUGAAAGUAGAACAGGGGACUGGAAGAGGGAUUUGUUACAAACCAAAUACUUUAUAUACCUAUCUCAUUUAGUCUUUAGAGCAUAGCAGUAGAUUCAGUGACAAACUAAAAUAGUUUUCAUUCUUGACUAUAAAUGAAGAUGAGUGAACUAGCUAAGAAACAGUAAAACAUCUAAAUCUUCAAAUUACCUUAAUAUCUUCAGUGGGGUUUAUUGGUAUAUUUUCUUCUUUAAAAGGGACUCAAGCAAUAGUUUUAAAUGAUGUACUAUUCAUAAUAGCUAAAGAAAAUGAUUAAAAGAGUACUGUAACAGCAGUUUAAAAGAAACCUUAGAAAAGAACACUAAUGCUGCCAUCACAAUCACAUUUGUACAACUUUAAACUUUUUCCUGUUUUCACAUACAUAUAUAUUUUUACUGUUAUUAUAACAAUAUGGUUAAUUUUUACUUAAUGAAGUUUAAACAUUUUCCUUUGUUAUUUCUUGUAAGGGCCUCAGGGAAUAUUCUUUUUUGGGGGGAAUAGACAUUUAAAAUAGAAAUCAAUUUAAUGUUUGAUUUAUAGAACUUUAUGGUAAUGAAUAGAUAUGAAUGAGUAGAUAAUUUUAAAAUUAGAGUUGGCCAUUUUGUAAAACAUCCAGGAAAUAAACAAAAGGCAGGAAGUGCCAUUCCUUUUUCCAGUUCCACUCCCCAUUUAGUUUACAGUUUGGUGGCUGUCUUUCUAGAGAAUGGGACUGGAUCUUUCUAUAGCACGUGAUAAAAUUCCAUGAGCAAAUAAGUCACAAAUACCCUGUUGAGUAAUUAAAAACAACACACACACACACACACACACACACACACACACACACACACAUUUACAUCUAAAAUGCUUGCAAAUUCUUGUUUUAAUACUUAACAUGUUAGUAAGGACUGAAACUGUGCUACCUCACUAUUGUAACUGUAUUGUAGAUAAAAUUGUAAAGUGCCUGUCUCCAAAAAAGCAAUCAAUAAAUAUUUUUGAAUAAAUGAAUGAAGUCUUCACUGAGGUUUUCUGUGCAUGUAGAAUAAAGGAAAUUAUUGAAGUUACUUCAUAGUUAAAAAAGAUUUCCAAGUAGCCAAACUACCUCUAAUGCUAUACUACUUUGUGAUAUGCUAAGUACCACAUUACUGGAAGUAUUUAGGAAUACUUUUGUGUGGAUACCUUUCAGCAUUCAGUGUGAACAUAGAUUUAUAAUAGGCUAUAGUUACGUAAAAUACCAGCCAAAAUAUUGGUAAGCAAGUAGUCCUUUGUUCCUUCUAUACCUUAUCAGAUCAUCAUUAAACCAGGAACUGUUUAAGGAUCAGAAUUUUUUUAUUAGGUUAGCAAGAGCAUUAUUUCCCAAAGUGUGUCUCAUGGAACACUAUUCUGUGAGAUACUUGAGAAAGAGAUUCUGGAUCAUAUUCAUUCAUGCUCAGAUUCUCCAUACUAUAUUUUUUCUCGUAUUUAUAAUGCAUAUUAAUAUAUUGGAAGUGCUGAGAAGUUCUGUAAAGAAACCUAUUUUAACACUAAAUGUUCCAAAUAUAUUUGAUGACGGUAUCCCUUUUUCCAGUUAUACCUAUUAUCUUAUAAAACCGGUGUUUCAUGGAAGUAGUGUUCUGUAGAAUAGAACCCAUUUUGUCCAACAUGAUCCAGAGACAAAUAGGAAUCUCAAGGAACAUCUAUCUUAGGUAGCUCCUUAAACUACGCAUGCUCCAGAGAGUCUCUAGAUUAGCAAUGACCACAGUCUUAGAACCAAACCAUUUGAAUUCUAUAUUCUCUCACUCCCUUACCUCUACCUCUUCUCUCUGUCAGAGCACAUCACCCUCUAGCUCUGCUGACUCUCACCUAUACACUUGUCUUGACUUCCAUUCCUAUCUAAAGAAAUGGGACCUCUUUAGUCCAGCAGCAGUUUUUUUAUUGAGCACUUAAUGCGUGUCAGGUCUUAAUGUGAGGCACUCAGUAUCUAUAUUCCUAGGGAACAAAACAGACGUGACAUUGUUACCUGUGUUCUCUCUUCUGUGCUUCAUCCAGGAUGGAGGACCAAAAAUUCCUAUGUCCCAAAGCUUAACCCUCUAGCACUCUAGGUCCUGGGUUUGGAAGCAGCUCAAGGACCCUUUAGGUUAGUGGCUGAAAGGGACACGAGAAGGACUUGUAGUUGACUACAUGAUGAAGAACACAAAGGCUUCUGUUACAGGCCUUGGGAAAGAAGCACAAGGAACUGUUGGAAGUCAAACCAUUUUUGUUAUUUUUUAGUGUAUGAGCAAGAGAAACUACUGUGUUUCUCCGAAAAUAAGACCUAGCUGGACCAUCAGCUGUAAUGCG